GUACCCCUUUUUCUUCUCUGUUUCAUUUGUAAGAAUGAAAUGCACACUUUUGUGUCACUUAUAAUUGACAAGAUUGUCAAAACAGACUCUACUCCGCAUACUCUAACUUAUUUCUAUAACCCAAAGACAUGAAUGUUAGUGACUGUUGAUUCAAACUUCGCUAUAGGCGUGAAGGGGAAGUUUUCAGAUUCCUCGGAUCUAAUCCCAUAAGUUGUAAACACACGUGCGGGAAGUAGGAACAUGGAAAUUUACAGAAACAAUGACUGCCAUAAAAAAUUAACCAUUUACAGCAGCAGCCAUGGUAUAAAAGGAACCAUUCUGCACUGUUAAAAAACAAACCAUUCACAAAAGGACCCAGAGUAUAGAAGGCUCUAUCCUGACACUGUAUCCAAGAUGCUGCUGGUGCUUCUACUGGUGAUGCUGACAUCGUGCACUGCAAUCCCUCAAAAUCUGGCAAAUAAAAUAUUCACCUUCCCACAACAAACCAAUACAGCUCAUGUGAGGGUGACUACAUCAAGACAAGAUCUGAAGGCUGUAACCGUGUGUUUCAGGUCCUUUACUGACCUCAAUAGAGACCAUUCCUUGUUCUCUCUGGCUACACCCUCUGCUGACAAUAACUUCCUGAUAUUCAAGAAAGCUGCAAAUGGCUUAUUUGAACUGUGGGCCAGGGGCAAGUCGAAUACAGUUGAAGGGAUUGCCUACAAGUUGAACACAUGGCAUUCUAUUUGUUCCACUUGGAACGCUACCUCUGGACUCGUGCAGCUGUGGGUCGAUGGAGUCCCCUCAAGUAGAAAAUUCACCAGCUCUGGAUCCAACAUCAAUGGACCCAUUAUCAUUGUCUUAGGACAGGAUCAGGAUACCCAUGGUGGGGGAUUUGACAUCAAUCAGUCCUUUGUUGGCAUGAUGUCCGAUGUCCACAUGUGGGACCGCACCCUUUCCUCCUGUGAGAUCCAGAACUACUCGAAUAAUCUGAGCUUCACAGCAGGCAAUGUGCUGAACUGGUAUGCGUUUGAGUUUCAGACAGUUGGAAGAGUGCUGAUAGAAAACAAACAAGAGUUGUGUCAAUAGGCAAGAAUUCUGAAUUCUUAUAAGAUUUUAAAAAUCAAUAUCUGAAGUUGGAUUUUAUGUUUAAGUCAAAGGUUUAAAUUUUAAUUUUCUGAAAAAGUACAAAAACUUUACUGUCUAUGUGUUGCAAUGUAAAUGUAUAUAUCUAAAAUCAAGUCUUUUUUUUAAGAAUUUUUACUUUUCGACACUAUUUCUUUGUUUUUUAUAUUUGUCUGAUAAUUUUUUGGCGUAACUGCACUGUUUCUUUGAUCUUUUUGUUGUAUAGUGAGUGCUGCAUUACUGACGUAAAAUUUUACAGCAUAUUUUUGAAAAUGCUCAGUGUUGAAAUAAUUUUUGACAAAUAUGUUAUCUUUUUAUACAUAUAACAAAUUGUGUUACUG